UUAUAGUUAGUUGAUUAUGUGUGAUCCACGAGCACAUUCUGGUGGGCCUAAAGAUUUAUUCAUGUCAGUCGGAAACUGAAAAAUAUGUUGAUACACUUAAAACAAAAUAUUGGUCAAGGAAAAAUUGGAGAUACAUUUGGUUAAAUUAUAUUUUUUAAUUAAUUAUUAUUUUCGUAAUUAAUACCUAAACUGGCUUGAAAGCAAAAUUGUAAUGCCUUAGACAUUACAUUAUUUCAUUAAAACGUGUUUGGAAUUUAAUUAAAGAAAUGAUAAGUAAUUAUAAAAAUGUAAAUUUUAGAGAAGUUAUAAAUUAUGAAAUCCUGUGCUCGAAAACUCAAAAUCAGCAGAAUCUAUAUUUAAUUUUGCAAUCAGCUGAGACCUAGGAUGCGCUUACUACUUUUAACGCAUGCGCACUCAUCUGAAAAUUCAGAACAUGUCCAAUGUUUUCGCUCAGCGAGCGAAGACAAAAACUUGACCCAGAACAUAAAAAGGGGCGUGGUUUUGUGCCCCUGUGACUCAGAAGAAGUUCCAUAUAUACUUAACAUGUUUAGUAUACACUUUAGUAGGUCUAGUCUAGUAUACAUGUCAUAAGUGUAAACGUGGCGUAACUAAUAUUUCUUCAGAGGCGUAGCGACACUUCCCGGGGACAAACUUCGGAUUUGCACCCCCCUUAAGCUUUCAAUUUAUUUUUCCAACCCAUUUUGAUGCCCCCUAAGUUUGGCGCCCGGGGACAUUUGUGUGUGUGUGUGUCCCCGCACCCCCACGCUAUGCCUCUGUAUUUCUUAUAUUAAUAAGAUUUGGAUCCAGCAGUCUACUUGGUGAAUUUAAUCAACCACUGUUCAAUUAAUAAUUUCCACCUUUGGCUUAUAAUGUUUAAGACAGCUUAUAUACAUCUUUAUUUUACAUUUUAAAUAGAUCUAGACCUAAUGACCUAAUAAUAUAAUACAAAUAUAGCGGAAUACGAAAGUGGAGAAAGGUAGUGUCGAUAUAGCUAAUACUUGGGCCUACGGGGUCUGUUUUGUUAGUCGGGUUUUACAGCUUGUGAACGUCUGAAGAAGAAAGUAAAAACAUUUGUGAAAAUAUCAUUAAAAAUUUAUCGACUCACACUAAAUUCAAAUUUUAAGUCUGAAUGUUUUCUUAUUUUAAUUGAUCUAAAUACCAACGGAUAUAGCGACAAAACAUUAGCGAUACCGCUUUUCUCGAUUUUUAGAUUUAAGCCUCUACUAUAAUGCAUUACAAAAAAGAUAAUUUUCGUUGUUAAAAAAUUAAACUGAAAAUCCUAUAGUCUUACUCAAAUCAAACCUAGUGUCAUUAUUUUUAGUUUUAAAUCAUUCUAUGUAUAACUUAAUUAUCCUAAGUCUAUUUCAAUCAUUAGUAGCACGCAGGACAGGCUCAACACAUACAACUUUUACUAUUUUAAAAAGGAAACAAAUUAUCAUCUAAAUGGGGGAACCAAGAUUUUCUUUAGAAAGAAAGAACUUUGUUUUAAAUCUCGCAAAAUCAAUUACAGAAAAGCAGGAUGCUAAAGUUCCAGGUCUUCUCCUAAGGUUAAAAUCUGUUCUUGAUGAACAUGUUACAAUGAAAGGACUGGCAGUAAGGAGAGAAAUUUUGGAAUAUAAUUUGCUGAAGGUGUUAAUUCUUAUACUAAGACAAGACUACAGUGUCAUUGAUGGACAGUGGGAAACAGCUGCUGAGUUGGCAGUUAUUUUAAGCAAUGUUAUUUGUGGACUAAGUGUUGAUGAAAGUUGUCGAAAGAAACUUGAAAAAGAAGAUUUACCAAAAAGUAUUGAGAGUAUAUUGUUACUCGCUCGACAUGUUUAUAUUAUUCUUGAGGCCUCAUCACGCAAGCAGAUUACAAGCACGGAAAAGCAAAAUACGACUAGAACAUUAAAAAUUGUGAUAGAUUCACUACUGGCUAUAUGCUCUACCUAUACUUAUUUAGUUGCCUCAGUGUUAUCCUCACAAUGGUUUCUCCAACUUCUUGUUUCUGAUAAUGCUGAUGUUGCUAUAAUAACCAUGACAGCCUUGGAAGAAUUGGUUAUUUUAGAUUUAGAUUUUCCUACCAAAAUUGAUCAUAAUUUGCUGUUUACUUUGUUGGAUGAACUCAUUUACAAGUUGACAGUCAAUACUGAUUUAAGAAUUGCAAUGAAAGCAUCCAAGUGUCUACUAAAGUUUUGUGAUUCACAAAGACAUUUGGUGGACAGUCUGUGUGCACGUUAUAU